AAACAAUUGGGAUUCCAGAUCCAGAUUCUACACUUCCACUGACCUAACUGGGAAGGUCAAUGUCCACCGUAGAAAAAUGAGGGCCUCAUGGCAGCCGUAUUGAUUCGAACCGGUUUAGGAGUGCGAAAUAUCUGCUCUCAAAGCAUAUAAAAGCCGGCCGGAUUCUUCUUUUGCUCAACCAUCCUUCAUUCAUUUCACGCUCUUACUUCAGUCACUCUUUUCGUGAUCCUACCCGAGUCAUUCUCUACCAUAUCAAAAUGAAGGUCACUCUCAUCACUGCCCUCGCUGUCCUGGCCUCCUCGGUCGUUGCUGCCCCUGCUGGCAGCCUGCCCAUUGUUGGCGAGGCCACCAAGGCCCUCAACCUCGGAUCUUCCGCCUCCUCCGCCUCCUCUACUGUCCCGUCUGCCUCCUCCACUCCCUCCUCUUCUGUCUCCGGCGGCCAUCUCGUCCAGGAUGUUAGCAAGCCUGUCAACCAGAUCCUGAGCGUCGCUGGCCCCGACGCCAAGCAGCUGCUCAUCGAGCUCAGCCCUGAAGUUACCGCCCUCCUCUCCGGCCUCGGCCUGGCUGGCCUUGGUGGCCCCGUUGGCUCCAUCGUCGCCUCCGCUGCCAGCGUCGGUGACCUUGUCAAGGAUCUUGGCCCCAAGGUCGAGGGCCUCCUCACCGUCGUUGACAAGGACCUCGGCGCUCUGCUGAUCCAGCUCUCCCCCGAAGUUGCCGGUCUUGUUUCCGGUCUCGGUCUCCCCAACGUCGGCGUGCCCGUCGGCAGCGUCGUCACUACCGUUGGCCAGAACGUCAAGCGCGACGGCAAGGUCGUCCAGGACCUUGCCCCUAAGGUCCAGGACGUCCUUGAGGUUACUGGCCCCAACGCUGAGCGUCUUCUCGUUCAGCUGAGCCCCUCUAUCGCCUCGCUUCUUGCUGGCCUUGGUCUCCCCAGCGUUGGUACCCCCGUUGGUGAGAUUGUCAAGAAGGCUGGCUCAGUUGGUGAGCUUGUUAAGGACCUCGGUGCCCCUGUCAACAACCUUCUCACUGUUGUUGGCCAAGAUGGUGGUGCUCUCCUCAUCCAGCUCGCCCCUAGCGUUGCUGGUCUCCUCACUGGCCUUGGUCUGCCUGCUGUUGGCUCCUCUGUCGGCUCGGUCGUUGCCACUCUCGGUCAGAACCUGUAAAUGUUUUAUACCUCUAAAUGAGCUAGACGGCGCAACCUUCAUCGCCACCACAUGACAUGCCCAUCAACGACGCAUCAAAAAGUCGGACUUGGGAUAUAUAAGAGAGUUUCUCUUCUCUUUGAACCUUUCCGGCUGGAUAGAUAUUUUCCCUUGCAUUGUAUACAUCAUCUCACUUGC